AUGUCGAGUAAAUUAACUGUAUGUGGAGUAUGUGAUUAUCAGAACAUUAACAAACCAUCAGUUGCCUGGUGUUCAGAAUGUGACGAAGGACUUUGUGAAGAAUGUAAAGUGCAUCAUGCAGCUUCAAAGGCGACCAGAAACCAUAGCAUUGUCCUACAAUCCGAUUUCCAAAAUCUACCUUCUAAUGUAUUGGAAAUUACUCAAACAUGUCCAAAGCACGAAGAAAAAUACCAGAUAUUUUGUAGGAAGCACGAUUGUCCAUGUUGUAGGCUAUGUGUUGUUGAAACACACAACGAUUGCAAAGAUUUGAACGCGAUAGAGGAUGUAAUUAAGAAUGUAAAAUCUUCAAGUGCAUUCUUAGAGAUGGAACAAUUAUUGAAAGAACUUUCCGAAAAUUUGCAGAAUAUAAGAAAAGAUAGACAGAAAAACAUUAAAAGUCUGACGGAGAACAAAACAAUCAUAGAAAAGGAAGUUCAGCAGGCACGAAUAUUGAUUAAUAAUCAUUUGGAUAAAAUACAGGAAAGUCUGAUGAAAGAGCUUUUUACCGCAGAGGAAAAGGAAAAAAAGAAAAUAAGCAAUUUAAUAUCAUCAAUACAAGAGAAAGAAAAAGAGAUUACAGACUAUCAAACUACUCUUGAUAGAAUAAAAAAGCAUGCCUCAGACCUCCAGACAUUUUUGGUUAUGAAGCACAUUCAUCGAGAUGUCACGAACAAAGAGCAAUUUCUGGAAUCUCUAAUAAAAGAAGAGAAACUGAACCAUAUUUCAAUAACUUGGAAAAACGAAAAUAUUACGGAGACCCUACCAACUACAAUCAAGAAGAUAGGAACCAUAAUAUUAGAAACCAGGGCAGGUGAAGCAAUAUCAACAAGUAGGAAGUUAAAACAAGCACAGAUAAUGGCGCUUACUGCACCUAUUCCUAUUAUUGAUGACAUCAAACUUACUUUAGGACAAACCGUGAAAACAAUUGGAAAUGAUAUCAAAAGCUGUUGCUUAUUAGCUGAUGGAAGAAUGAUUUUUUCAUGCUAUCUCAGUUGCAAAAUUCACGUGUUCAAAACCAGCGGGAUUUUGGAUUUUACACUUGAGACAGGAUCCAUGACAUCUCAUAUCCACUUUAUCGAACAAAGUCAAAAACUUGUCGUAACAACUGGGCCUUACAACCAAUGCAUUAAGAUUAUCGACAUGAAAAACAGAAAAACUGAGAAAUCUAUUGUUGUUGGAUCAGAGAUUUAUGGAAUUGUUCAUAAAGACGGACAAUUGUUCUAUAAUGGAUAUCAUGGUGGGUUGCGUGUUGUAAGUGUAGAUGGCCAAUUGAGUAAACGGUUGGUAAAUGUUACUUUGAAACAAAAUAGCAGCAUUGCAAUAUGUUUACAUCAACUUUAUUAUAUAGGCGAAGAUGAUUCAAUAUCAUGCUGUGAUCUUGAAGGUGGUGUUAAAUGGAAAUUAGAGCAGAAACCAUUCCUUUCAAACAUACGAGGCAUAACAGUGGACAAUUACGGACGUGUUUACGUAUCAGGAUUUUGGUCUCACAAUGUAGUCGUAAUUUCACCAGAUGGAAACAAACAUCGAUUACUGCUGUCAGAGAAGGAUGGUCUUCAGAGUCCACAGUCUUUGUUCUUCGACCAAAUAAAUAACAAAUUACUUAUUACAAAUCAACAAACUAACGCAUUUGUUUAUGACGUUUCAAAAUGA